AUGGGGUCGUGUGAGGAGAAAGAAGAAGAGACGACCAUCAAGGUCGAGGAACAAGUUACCCCGGCGCCUACAUCUCCUGAACCUGUCGCAAAGGCACUCGAAAAACUUACAGUUCAACAAAAAGAGACAGCCACAUUACACGGAAUUAGCUUUUUGAAGAAAAUAAUACCUGCCCUGGAGUACGGUGCAAGUUUUGAAGAACUCAAGCAUUUCAAAAGCGUUGCAGAGGAGAUAAAGCAAAGUAUUGAGCCACCCAGAGUAGUGGUUGGCGUCUUAGGUGGUACAGGUAGUGGGAAGAGCAGCCUGAUCAAUGCUCUUCUCGAUGAAGAGAUCCUCCUACCCACAAAUGCCAUGAGGGCUGCCACGACUGCCAUUAUUGAAGUAUCAGCAAACAAGUCAAAGAACAAAUCGGAGCUUUACACCGCAGAGAUCGAAUUUAUCACUGCGAAAGAGUGGAUCAGCGAACUCGAAGUAUUGUCGAGCACUACCACUGAUACAGAAGCCACUGUCCCUGCCACCAAAAAUAGUGAAGCGGCUGCGGCCUGGGAUAAAUUAUGUGCUGUUUAUCCAAAAAUGUGUAAGGGUGACAUUGGUAGCAAAAGCCCCCAAAAACUUGCUUCCACAAAGGACUUAGCCCACAUUCUGGGAACUAAGGAACUUAUUCACGAGACUUCGGCAAAGCGCUUCAACAAACUGAUCGCUGCCUACGUAGACAAUCGCAAUAAUUGUGCGAAAUCCGGAGAAGCUGCCCUCUGGCCUUUACUAAAGAGUGUCAAGAUUUUUACAAAAUCACCCAUUCUGAAGAACGGUCUAGUACUUGUUGACCUCCCCGGUGUUGGGGAUUCGAAUGCUGGCCGAGUAAGCCUAGCAGAAAAAUACAUGAGCUCACUUGAUCACAUGUGGAUCGUUGCCGAUACAAAUCGGGCUGUCGAUGACAAAGUAGCAAGGGACUGCAUGGGGAGUUCUGUACGUGGGCUUCUCCAGAGGAACGACAAGUACGGUUCCGUGUCUUUUAUUCUUACUAAAACCGACAAUGUUAACCAUGUUGAGGUUAUCGAGUCGCUCGCGCUAAGUGAGAGCGUACUUAAGGAGGAGGCAUUUGAAGUGCAAAAAAUCAUGGAGGAUUUGAGUGCCGCUUCUGAUGAGUUAAAUGAGGCAAAAAAGGAAAGGAAACGGUGCAAGAAUGUUCUCGAUAAACUGGCGACUACAGAGAAGGUUAAGCCUUCGCUUCAAGGAACAGCUGGCGAGCUGUCAAGUAUCAAACGUAAACGAAACGAAACAGCGUCUCCGGAUCCAUUAUACGAGCCUCCUAGCGAUGACCUCAAUGAGAGAUUAGCUUCUUUGAACUCGAGGCGUGAAGCCUCGAAGAAGAAAGAUCUGCUCGAAGCUACGAUUCAACGACUCCAAGAUAAUAAGAGCAAGUUAGACGAGAAAAUGAGAGCUGUUUCGAUUGUAGAGCGAAACAUAUAUGCCGAGACACGGAUUGCUGAAGAUUUUGUUGAAGGAUUUCGAGAUUAUAUUGAAGCGUUGAUCGAAGCAGAAAAUGACCAAGAAAAAGCUAAGAACAAAGGGAAAAGCUCACGGGCUCAGGCGAAGGCAAAUAUUGAAAAAGAGAAAGCAAAGCUAGAAAGAUUACCAACCCCAAAGGUAUUCGGCGUUAGUUCCAAAGCUUAUCAGCAGCUGAAAGGCCGCUUCAAACAUGAGCCAGAAAUCUUCGGCUUCCCAUCACUUGAUUCAAAAAACAUCCCCAGGCUCAAGGAGUUUGCGACAAGCUUGACUUUCCCCGACAGAGAAAGUAUUACCGACAAAGCUAACAACCGCAUGGCGAUCUUAAAGACUGACCUAGAGCAAUGGGCGAAUCCGAAAGACGCGGAUGUCCAUCUGCCAGAGCAGCAAAGGACGAAGUUGCGAGAAGCGUUCGAUAAGCACAUUCAAGUGUUCGACAAUAGCUGCAAAUCUGUCGUCAAGAAAGCGAUCACGGCAAUGCGAGGUGUGUUAACACGCAAGAUUCGGAAAGCUGUUAGCAAAUUGGAACUCCUGGAGAACUGGAAGGAUAAAAGCAUCUACCAUACCGAGUAUAGCGCACCGGUAGUCCGAUGGUCAACAUUUAAAGCCAUUUGCAGACGUAGUGGGAACUUUACGAGUGUCAGAGGUGUAAGGUACAAAUGGGAUGAGGGAAUGCUCGAACUCGUGCUUCGACCUGUCAGCCGUCCUUGGAGAGAUGUUGUGCGCAACGACAUCUACACCAUACACCGCAACAUUAUUCAAUCAGUUACCACUGAUCUUGAAACCCUUCAAGACAGCUUCUCUCAUUCUGUGAAAGAAGUUUGUGGCGGAGAGUAUCAACCGGCAGAAAUGAUCAUCCGCCAGACUUCGCAUCUGGAAGAUGCUUUCAAAGUGAAGGUAAAUGAAAGCUUUGAUGCUUUUAGGGUAGCUAGUAGAGAAUGUCACGCCAAAAUUAAGUCUGUCGUUGACGACAAUAUGGCUGCAGGAUUUGAGGCUGCAGCUAACCACACUGGUAAGGGAAGUUUGCUUAAGAUGCAGGAUACGUUUGAAUUGCACGUAGAAGACAAUGCAGUUACCCUAUACCAGGAAUGCAGCCAACUUCUAAAGAAAGACUUUCAGAACAUAACUGAAGUUAGUAAGACCAGUUUCACGAACGCAGUCUCCUUUGUCCGCAAUCAAUUCAAAAACAAUUACAUCAAUAUGCUUCAUUUCGCCAAGCCGCAAGACACCUCUUCUAAACAACACCAGCUUAGACGAAAACUUCAAUGUGAGCUUUUGAAGAUAAUUAGCGAAUACGAUGAAGCUCUAAAUGCGACAUUCGAAAAUGCGGAAGUACAGCUGAGACCGCAGAACCCGUUUGCCGAGAAUCGCGGUGAAGAAGAUUCCGAAAUGAGCGAAGGAGAGCAGCUAGACGAUGAUGAAAACAACUCUGACUCUGAUUCUGAUGGUGAAUCUGAUGCAGAGAACAACACACCUCAAGACGGUGACGAGGGGAAUUCCGAUGCGGAAAAUGAGAAUGAGGAUGAAGAUGAGGAUGAGGAUGAUAAGAUUUCAGAGCAAGAAUUUAAGGGAGAGGAUGAUGGCCUCUACCAAGAGGAGUGGCAAUGA